CAGUCCCUUUUAGUCAAGAUGUUUUCUGCUUUCUGCCCCCUACACAGAUUCGCCGCUUUACAGAUGCCAGUAAACAAGCGAGCGAAACUGUGUUUUGGUUUAGAUCAGAGGGUAGAUUUUAUCAGGAAGGGAAACUAUUUGACACUCGCUGUCUCUGGGUGGUGAAAUGGCGCAGCAAGGAAUUCAGAUGGACCAGGAAAGACUCUGCUGUUCGAUCUGCCUGGACCCACUAAAGGAUCCAGUGACUAUUCCCUGUGGACACAGCUACUGUAUGAACUGUAUUAAAAGCUACUGGGAUGAAGAAGAUCAGAAGAAAGUCUACAGCUGUCCUCUGUGCAGACAGACUUUCAGACAGAGGCCUGCCCUGGUGAAAAACACCAUGUUAGCAGAUUUAGUGGAGGAGCUGAAGAAGACAGAACCUCAAGCUGCUCCAGCUGAUCUCUGCUAUGCCGGACCAGGAGAUGUGUCCUGUGAUUUCUGCUGUGGGAGAAAGAUGAAAGCUCUCAAGUCCUGUCUGCAGUGUCUGGUCUCUUACUGUGAGCAACACCUCCAGCCUCACUAUGAAUCCGCUGCCUUUGAAAAACACAAGCUGGUUGACCCCUCCGAGAAGCAGAAUACCUACUUUCAUCACAAUGAGGUAGCAGCAUUAGAAAGGACUGAGAGGCAGAGAGAGCUUGGGACGAGUCAGAAAAGAAUCCAGCAGAGAAUCCAGAACAGAGAGGAAGAUGUGAAGGUGCUUCAGCAGGAGUUGGAGGCUAUCAAUCGCUCUGCUGAUAAAGCAGAGAGGGACAGUGAGAAGAUGUUCACAGAUUUGAUCCAUCUCAUUGAGAAAAGAAGUUCUGAUGUGAAGCAGGAGAUCAGAUCGCAAAAGAAAACUGAAGUGAGCAGAGUCAGAGAGCUUCAGGAGAAGCUGCAGCAGGAGAUCGCUGAGUUGAGGAGGAAAGAUGCUGAGCUGGAACAACUCUUACACACAGAGGACCACACUCAGUUUCUACACAAUUACACCUUAUGGUCUCAAAUGAGUGAAUCUACAGACUCACUCAACAUCAAUAUUCGUCCUCUGAGCUAUUUUAAGGAUGUGAUGGUGACUGUGUCAGAGGCCAGAGAUAAACUACAGGACAUGCUUAGUGAGGAAUGGACAAAAAUCUCACUGUCACUGACUGAAGUGGAUGUUUUACUGCCACAAGAGCCCAAGACCAGGGCUGAGUUCUUACAAUAUUCACAUCAAAUCACAUUGGAUCCAAACACAGCAAACACAUUUUUGAUAAUAUCUGAGGGGAACAGAAAAGCAACAGUGAUGAAACCAACAUUAUUAACAGCAGUCGCGUUCGCAGUAGAUUUAUUUGCCACUGACGAGAAAUCACCCAGUUUCAUCAACAAGAAUCAAGUCCUGAGCAGAGAGAGCCUGACUGGACGUUGUUACUGGGAGGUGGAGUGGAGCGGAGCUGAAGUUUCAGUAGCAGUCACAUACAAGGAUAUUAGGAGAACACAUGAUGAAAGUGAAUUUGGACACAAUGACAAGUCUUGGGCAUUACAGUGUGUCAACAAAAGAUACGAAUUCAGACAUAACAAAAGAAAAACUUCCGUCUCAGGUCCUCAGUCCUCUAGAGUGGGAGUGUACCUGGAUCACAGGGCAGGUCUUCUGUCCUUCUACAGCGUCUCUGAGACCAUGACUCUCCUCCACAGAGUCCAGACCACAUUCACUCAGCCGCUCUGUGCUGGACUUAAGCUGGAUUUUGGAUCCACAGCUGAGUUGUGUGAGCUCAAGUAGACAGCAAUUGUUACAACAAGGAUAAUGUAAGAGAGAUGAGAGUAAAAGAAAUACACACUUAUCAUUUUAAGAUUUAAGAUUUCUUCUUUUAAUCUUUGACACAACAGUAUUUUUUGUUACGAGCAGGUUACCAGAACUUUUCAUAUGUUUAGCAAGAUGUAAAUAUUAAUACUGAGCAUCAUUUCAAAGUGAACUUUGUUAUAUUAUAGAUUAUUUGUGGGGACAUAACCAGGAUUUUUAUGUCAAUUACUAGAUAUAUUUGAAACAAAAUGCUUGUUCUAACGUUUUUUAGUAGUUUAGUUUAGUGUAGUUGUCUAUUCUUAUGGCUGCUGUAAUAUUUUCUGCUGUUUCUGUUUAACCAUAGGGCCUCAAUAGAGCUGUAAUAUAAUGCUUAUUUUUAAUGACAGCUGAUGUUCAAUUGAUGUUCAUGUGUUCAUUUUGUUCCUGUCACUUUGCGAAUGUGUUCAAAAAAUUUUAGUAAAUCCAGUAUUUGAUCAUCAA